GGCGCGGUCACGUGGCGGGCGGGGCGGGGCCGCCCGGCGGGGCGGCUGCAUGGGGCAAAGUGCCAGGCGCGACCCCGCGCCGGGAGAGCCCGCCCGGAGCCUCCGCAAUGAGAAGACUUGAGUAGAAUUUCACAAUGGAGGCAAAAUCCAUAGUCAUCGGCGUGGAGGGCAUGACGUGCAAUUCCUGCGUUCAAACCAUUGAACAGCAUGUCGGGAAGAUGAAUGGUAUCCAUAAUGUUAAAGUAUCUCUAGAGGAUAAGAAUGCAGUCAUCAUUUAUGACUCAAAAUUGCAGACUCCAGCAACGCUGCAGGAAGCAAUAUAUGACAUGGGAUUUGAUGCUACAUUAGCUGAUUCAAACCCACAACCUGUUUUACCUGACACUAUUUUUCUUACAAUUCCUACUCAGUCAGCUCUAACGUCUAAACAGAUUUGUAGUACGCUACGAAAGAACAAAGGUAUCGUGGAUGUUAAAAUGUCCUCCGAUCAAAAAAUCGCAGUGGUGACUUUCAUUUCUUCCAUUGUCAAUGGCAAGCAGAUUAGCCAAAUGGUCCCAGGAGUAGAGUUGAGUCUCUCUGCACCAGAGGUAACGCCUGGAACUUGUGAAGAUUCCAGCUGGUCUCAUGCGAGCAAUGUUGUGCUGCGCCUGAAAGUAGACGGGAUGACCUGUCAUUCCUGCACCAGCACCAUUGAGGGGAAAAUCGGCAAAUUGCAAGGAAUUCAGCGGAUUAAAGUGUCCUUGGACAAUCAGGAAGCUGUUGUUGUUUACCAGCCUCAUCUAAUCACAGCAGAAGAAAUAAAACAUCAAAUUGAAGCGGCAGGUUUCACAGCAGCUUUCAAAAAGCAGCCUAGACCCCUCAAGCUCAGUGCUGUCGACCUGGAGAGGUUGAGGAAUGCUCAGACCAAAGGCUCCGAGUCAGCACUGAAACACAACUCGAAUGUGAAUGAGACAAAGACAGUUGCCUUCAGAGUUGAUGGGAUGCACUGCAGUUCGUGUGUCCUCAAUAUUCAGAGCGCCAUAUCAGCACUUCCAUCAGUAACAAGUGUAGUUGUCUCAUUAGAGAAGAAAUCUGCAACUAUAAACUAUAACCCAAACUUAAUUAGCGUUGAAGUCCUGAGAAGAGCCAUAGAGGCAGUAUCUCCAGAGACAUUUAAAGUCAGCCUUCCCGAUGAAUAUGAAAAUGUAACUCUUUUCCCUACCCUGGUGUCUCCGCUGAAGUCUCCUCAUCCAGCUUUGAAGGAUGCUGGCCAGCCACUUACUCAAGUUGUUGUGAUAAACAUUGAGGGAAUGACUUGCAACUCCUGUGUGCAGUCUGUUGAGGGAGUGAUAGCCCAAAAGGCAGGUGUGAGGUCUGUUCACGUCUCUCUCACAAAUCGUAAUGGGACUAUAGAAUAUGACCCUCUGCAAACAAGCCCAGAAGACUUGCUAUCCUCAAUAGAGGAUAUGGGAUUUGAUGCGUCUUUAUCAGCGAAGGCAGAGCUGCCUGUGGCCGUGGGGCAGCCCUGGCCCGAAGCGCAGCUGGAGUCUCAUGGGACCGAGCUCCCCCCCGCAGUGUCACCAGCCCACCUUGCUGGGCAAGAGACAAAGACUAUAUCAAAGUGCUACGUCCAAGUCACAGGAAUGACGUGUGCCUCGUGUGUAGCCAACAUCGAGAGAAAUUUGAGAAGAGAAGACGGAAUACAUUCAAUACUUGUUGCCCUAAUGGCAGGAAAGGCAGAAGUAAGGUAUAAUCCUGCUGUCAUACAUCCUUCAGCUAUUGCAGAGCUCAUACGGGAACUGGGAUUUGGAGCUACCGUGAUGGAAAACUGUGGGGAAGGAGAUGGAAUUCUGGAACUUGUUGUGAGAGGAAUGACUUGCGCUUCUUGUGUACACAAAAUAGAAUCCACCCUCAUGAAGACUAACGGUGUUUUAUACUGCUCAGUAGCUCUUGCAACCAACAAAGCACAUGUUAAGUACGAUCCUGAGGUUAUAGGUCCUCGAGAUGUUAUACAAGUAAUAAAGGAUUUGGGUUUCACUACUUCGUUAGUCAAAAAAGAUAGAUCUGCUAGUCAUCUAGAUCACAAACAGGAGAUAAGGCAGUGGAAAAGGUCGUUUGUUGUGAGUCUCGUUUUCUGCAUUCCUGUCAUGGGGCUGAUGAUUUACAUGAUGGUUAUGGACAGUCAGCUUUCAGAUGCUCGUGCACAUCACAACAUGAGCAGCGAGGAAAUGGAGGCCCUUCACUCCUCGAUGGUCCUGGAACACCAGCUCCUGCCAGGACUCUCUGUUAUGAAUUUUCUAUCGUUUUUACUCUGUGUCCCUGUACAGAUAUUUGGAGGCUGGCACUUCUACAUACAGGCGUACAGAGCUCUGAAGCACAGAACUGCGAAUAUGGAUGUGCUCAUUGUUUUGGCAACCUCCAUUGCGUUCGUCUACUCAUUUGUUAUCCUUCUAGUUGCAAUGGCUGAGAAAGCAAAAGUAAACCCCGUAACGUUCUUCGACACACCUCCUAUGCUGUUCGUGUUCAUCUCCCUGGGCCGGUGGCUGGAGCACGUUGCGAAGGGUAAAACAUCAGAAGCGCUGGCAAGACUAAUUUCAUUACAAGCUACUGAAGCUACUAUUGUUACCUUGGGCCCUGAUAACGUUCUUUUAAGUGAAGAGCAAGUCGAUGUGGAGCUGGUUCAACGAGGUGACAUUGUCAGAGUGAUCCCAGGAGGCAAAUUCCCAGUGGACGGUCGUGUUAUUGAAGGACACUCUAUGGUAGAUGAAUCUCUUAUCACAGGUGAAGCAAUGCCUGUGACUAAAAAACCUGGCAAUACAGUUAUUGCAGGUUCGAUUAAUCAGAAUGGAUCACUGCUGAUUUCGGCAACCCAUGUCGGAGCUGAUACAACUCUUUCCCAGAUUGUUAAACUUGUGGAGGAGGCCCAGACCUCAAAGGCUCCUAUCCAGCAAUUUGCAGACAAACUUAGUGGCUGCUUCGUUCCUUUUAUUGUGGCUGUCUCUGUGGCUACCCUUUUUGUCUGGAUUGUAAUUGGAUUUGUGGAUUUUGAAAUAGUAGAAAAAUACUUUCUGGGUUACAAUAAGAGCAUUUCUGCAGCUGAAGUGGUAAUCCGCUUUGCUUUCCAAGCCUCUAUCACAGUGCUGUGCAUUGCGUGCCCCUGUUCUCUGGGAUUAGCCACCCCGACAGCGGUGAUGGUCGGCACUGGAGUGGGAGCCCAGAACGGCAUCCUGAUCAAAGGAGGCGAGCCGCUGGAGAUGGCACACAAGGUAAAGGUGGUCGUAUUUGACAAAACGGGUACUAUUACUCAUGGGACUCCCGAAGUGAUGCAGGUGAAGUUUCUAGUGGAGAGUAACCAACUACCACACAAUAAAAUGCUGGCGAUAGUGGGGACCGCAGAGAGUAAUAGCGAGCAUCCUCUUGGAGUAGCAAUAACAAAAUACUGCAAAAAGGAGCUGGACUCGGAAACCCUUGGGACAUGUACAGAUUUUCAGGUAGUUCCAGGCUGCGGCAUUAGUUGUAAAGUCACCAAUAUUGAAGGACUACUCUACAGGAAAAAUAAGAUGGUUGAAGAAAACAAUAUGAAAAAUGUGACACUUGUGAAAAUUGAGGAAAGUAUGGACAGAUUGGUACAGCCUGCUUCCAUUAUUGAUGCUGAACUACCAACUGCUGUGACCUCUCAGAAAUACUCUGUUCUCAUUGGGAACCGGGAAUGGAUGAACAGAAACGGCCUCCUUGUUAAAAAUGAGGUUGACAAAGCCAUGACAGAACACGAGCAGAGAGGUCGCACAGCGGUUCUGGCAGCUGUUGAUGGGGUGCUUUGCGGCUUGAUAGCUAUUGCUGAUACUGUGAAACCAGAAGCUGAGCUGGCAGUCUAUACUUUGAAGAGUAUGGGAUUAGAAGUUGUCCUGAUGACUGGUGACAACAGCAAAACGGCGAGAUCUAUCGCCUCUCAGGUUGGCAUCACCAAAGUGUUCGCAGAGGUUCUUCCCUCCCACAAAGUAGCCAAAGUGAAACAGCUACAAGAUGAAGGAAAGCGGGUGGCCAUGGUUGGAGACGGUAUCAACGACUCCCCAGCUCUUGCUAUGGCAAAUGUGGGAAUAGCUAUCGGCACGGGUACUGAUGUAGCCAUUGAGGCAGCUGAUGUGGUUCUAAUUAGGGAUGACUUGAUGGAUGUGGUAGCAAGCAUAGAUUUAUCGAGGAAAACUGUGAAAAGGAUCCGGAUCAACUUUGUCUUCGCUCUAAUUUAUAAUCUCAUUGGUGUUCCAAUAGCUGCUGGUGCCUUCAUGCCCCUCGGUUUGGUUUUGCAGCCCUGGAUGGGCUCUGCAGCAAUGGCUGCCUCCUCCGUGUCUGUUGUGCUUUCUUCUCUGCUGCUAAAGAUGUACCAGAAACCAAGUUCUGAGAAACUCGAGGUCCGGGCCCGUGGCCAAAUGAGGCACAAGAGCCCGUCGGAAAUCAGUGUCCGCAUUGGAAUUGAUGAGAUGGGGACGGGCUCUCCUAAACUGAGCUUAAUGGAUCGGAUCAUCAAUUACAGUAGAGCCUCUAUAAAUUCUCUCUUCUCAGACAAGCGCUCGGUGAACAGCGUUGUUCUUAACGAACCAGACAAGCAUUCACUCUUGGUGGGAGAUUUUGGAGAGGAUGAUGACACGGCAUUAUGAAAGACUCGCCCCUCCCCUCCCACUCUUGCUAAGCAAAAAAAAACCCAACCAAAACAGCUGUCUAGAAGUCUGUGUAUGCACUGAGCAUUUCUGGAGGUCUUUUCAGGUGUACUACUUUUAGUGUGGAAAGCUGGUUUUCCAGUGACUUUCCAGGGUCUUUGUUGGUUUUUUUUUAACUAGACUUACCAAAAAAAAUGGUGCGGGGGCUGUUAUUGCUCACACGCAGGCCUGUGUUACCAUUCCAUGAAGCUUGCAGUAUAGCUUUUUUUUUGGCCAGAUGUCAGAAUACAGUUAAGGAAACUAAGGAACCAGAAACUUUUUUCCCAGCCUUAUCACAGACUGCUUUGUGCAUUGCCAGGUUUAGUACUGUGUUAAAAAAUUACAAAUUACUGCAUCUGCAAAAUACUGGAAAAAUACUGGAGGUUCUGCAUUUGCAGAUAGAUGUGCCUUACUUCAGAACUUCCAGGACCCCUCGUUUCCAUAGCCCGCCUUCUACCAGUAAUGGUUCCUCUCAAACGCCUUUUCUUUUUAAAACACCUGGUUCCAGCUUUUCACACUCCUAGCUUCAAAGCAUCUCGCUGUUUGUGAUCUGGAUUCCUGCGGGGCAGAGGUAACUGAGAGGUUUGGGGUUUGCUUUCCAGCGUCGUACUCACUUUUAACUCUGUGCAUCCGAGCCCCGCUACACUCCCAAGGUCGCCUGCUGGAAGGUGGAAUAGGUUGGGAGGUUUGCUUGUUCCCAGCCUCACCUAAGCCAAAAACUCCUGCAACGUCCGAAUGCAAUGUGAAUGGGUAUUAGUGGGAACUUUUCGCUUUUAAGAAGGCAACAACGUAGGUAGUGCUCACUAAUGGUCUACCAGCACUCCUUAAAUGAAGCAGGGUAGUUUGGACCAGUGCCACGCAGACUGCCUUUAAAAUCUUUGCAGUUCAGUCUUUGCAGAUAUCUAACACCAUCAAAGGGUUCAUGAUGUGUGAGAUACUGCACUGACAUCAGUUGCUUGUGAAGGUAAGUGUCUGUAAACCAGGAAUGGUCCAGAAUCCACUCCAUAGAUUGAUCCAGACCUCCUUUGCUUGGGAUGUUCAGAUCCAGGCUUUGUGAAUUAAGACAGUCUUCAUUUGUUACUGAAAUGAAGUAUCAAAAUGCAAAUUUUAAUUGUUAAUAUUAAAAAUAUUCUCAGUGAGAAAAAGGUGGUCAUCACCCUGUAACUUGCUACCUGUUUCUUACUUAACAAAUCUUGUUCUUUGAAUUCUCUGCUGAGAUGGCUUUAGGAAGCGAUUGCUGGGGUGAAUAAUAUUGAAUUACAUGAUGAGAUACAGUCCGUGGUGUAAACGUGUAAUUCCAGGUUGUGCUUGUAAAGAAGUACUCACUUCAGAGUGCAAUAAAGAGAUCUCUGUAAUGUUUCUAGUCUUUAACUUGAAGUCUGAUGUCAGCGCAUAGAUUAUGUGUGUAAAAAAAGUUGUAAGUAAAUAGCUUUUGCAUUUUAUCUGAGAACUACCAGGAAAAUACCAGUGUACGGAAACCGAAGAGCUGUGCUAUGGAACAUGCUGUUAGUAAAUCAGUACACUUCUUACACUGCUGUGAGGAGAACAACAUAACUUGUUGCUGCCGCUAGUUUAAGAAACAAAGUAUUUCUGUUGCAGGAUUUAGGUUCUUAAUAUCUCUACGUGAAUAUAGAUAUUUUUUAAAAUUAGAUUAUAGCUAUAUGUAUGUAUUGUAGUGUUAAGAAAUCCUGAGAUAUGUUACUGUAAAGCCAUUCCGUAAGAUGUUUUUCUGUUUUCAGCAACAAAGCUGUUUUUACAAGGCAGAUAUUACCUAAAAACUGUUUGUAUUGUGAUGAGGUUUUAGUGCUUUGCAACAAUGCAAACUGUUCCCAAAGAUCUCCAUUUCCCUGUUUAUCCACGCUCAUUCUCAGUGUUGUUCUUGGCAAGAUUCUGCAAAUGAAAGGGGAAUAUUCUCCGUAUUUUCAUCGGGAUUGUGCUCGUGGGCGGUCUUAAGUUGUGAAGACACAAGGCAGAUCCUAGCGUGUUUUCAGACGGGAGUUUUACCGCUGCAGGUGCUGGUGUGGCACGUCAAUGAUGGGCAUCAUGCUCUUACCACAGGAAACAGAGGAGUAACUUAGGAUUAAAUUCCUGGCUGGUAAAUAAUGUGUCAUGAAGACUUUGUUAAAUUAUUUCCGAAUAUGUUUUCAGAGCGCUUUGACCUUUUGUCAUCCAAACUGUACAUAGGUUGACUGUUUACAGUGGAGUGUUGGCUUUAUCACUAGCUUUUUUCCAGUAGACAUGUUUUUCUAGGCUCUUCCAUUUUCUGUGAAACCCAGUUAUUUGAUCCAGUUAGAUCAAAAUAAGGCUACUUUGCAAAACCAGGACCCUUAAGAGGCACAGAGAUGAUUAUUGGGGAAUAAGGAACAGUAAAAUGCUGGCUGAGAGGGAACGGGCUGGCAGCUUGUAAGUACAGCCAGAGGAUCAAGCUGUAGGAGGAGGACGUACCUACGGAUCAGGAUCAGCGUUAGCCCAAGAGCAGGCGGGUGUGAGGUGGCUGUGAUAAAUCUGGGCACGGACUGAGAUGGAGCUUUUUAACUCGAGCAGCUGUUGGGUUCUGGAACAGUUUCUGUUAGAGCAAGCAUGGGUGGAAAGCAGAUCGCUGUUGUGUUUCUGAGGAGUAUGAAGUGAUGCCAGAACAGCAGCGGUCCAGGCUUACUGACCCAGGAAGCCCCUUUCAAUCCAGUUUUCCUCUGUAGGAAGAACUGUCUGAGAUUUGUCUUUUGAACUUGAAUUUAGUACAUGGUAUGUUUGAGUACUGUGUAGCUCAUCAAGAAAUUCAGAGUCCAGAUCUUUGAAAACAGGUUGCCUGUCCAACACCCCCCCCCCCCAAGGGUGUGAUACUGACUUACAGAAUGUUCAUCUUGUGAUUAAAAUACUAUAAAAGGUGCUUUAUGUUGAAGAACCAAAAAUCUUCCAGUUUGAAUGUACAAUGCAAGUGAAAUAAAGUGGGAGCUAAAUUUCCCAAAUGUGAAUGUUUUGAUAUGUAAAUAUGUUACUCAUGUUGGAAACAGUUUGGAUUCAGAAACCCAAAAUAUCACUUGGAAACACAGAGUUACAAAUGCAAUUGUAUUACUAGUUUGUCUAUUGUAUUGUUUUCUGUAACUAUUAUUUAUAAAACCUGUGCUCUAUUUAAAAAACAAAGUACAUAUGCUCUGCUCAAGGCUUUAAAAAUUGCUCUUUGAAUCUUACCAAUAAACUUUUAAAAGAGUAGAUACUCAAAAUUUUAUACAAAAAAAAAAAUGUGAAGGUGACAAAACACAAUAGAAGCAAGCAUCUUUAUUUAUUAAAAAGUAUGUUUAAUUUUUUUUGCUUACAACUUCCAAUGAAAUGUUUCAAACAAAAUCUUUUUUAUUGAGUUCUGGUAUGAGGAAUGGAGAAAUGAAUGCUGGUGUGGAAUGUUGAUUUAGUGCUGUUACAUUUCCUCACACCUAGAAACCUGUAGCCUCAUACUUCCUUUUCUUUUAAGACUGUGCCUCCAUCAUCAUAAUGGCAAUUGUAAGCUAUAUAAUAAAAAUAUAAUGUCCAAAUACUGUUUUAAAU